AUGAAGAAUAAUUAUUUUAUGGUUUUAAUUAUAUUAAUAACUUUUAUACAAAUAUUUAUUAUUGUUAAUGGGGAAUUAAAUAAUAGUAGUUUUAAUAAUAAUACUAAUAAAAUAACAAAUAAUUCAAAAAGUCAAAGUCAAAGUUUACACUCAAAUAUUAAUAAGCAAAGAGCAAAAAUACCCAUAAAAAAUAGUGAUGAAGCUUUAGAUCUUUAUCAUUUAGAAGAAAAAGAGAAGAAACAACCUCAACAAAAACAGUCAAAUUAUAAACACUUAAACAAUGAAAGUGAAAUUAAUAGCAAUAAAUCUGAAGAAAUAAAAGAAAAGAAGUAUAUACAAAGAGAUGGUAGUAAUAGUAGUGGAGAAGAUAAUAAUGGUAAUAGCCAUAGUAAUAAAAAUACAACCCCAGCUUUUAAAGAGACCCAAUUGGAAAGUGAAUCCUUUGAGAAAAUUGGGGAAACAGUUUAUAUAAACGAAGGUAGCAACAAAGAAAGUAAUAAAGAGGAAAUUGUAAAAGUUGACACCAAUUCUUUUAAUAGUUCCAUUUCUUCAGAUAUAAAAAGUGAAGAAAAAAAUGAAAAUGGUCAUAAAAAACAAAGUGUGGAUGAAAUUAAAAAUGACAGAAGCGGUAAAGAUUUUAUAAUUAAUCCCAAUAACUCAAACAAUCAAAUUAAAAAGGCAGAUAGCCAAGAAAACAUUAAAAAUGAUUUAUAUAAUAAUAACAAUAAAAACAAGAACAACAAUAAUAAUAAUAAAAAUAAUAGAGAUAAUAAUAAAAAUAAUAAUAAGAAUUUAGAAAAUGACAAUUUUAUUCAUCAUGCCAAUAAACAAGAAAUAGAUCCAUAUAAUCAAUCGAUCAAAUCAACAAUUAUAAUAUUUGGUUUUGGGGGUCUUAUAUGUUGCAUUUUAAUUUAUAUUAUUUAUAAACGAAUGAAAAAGCCUAGAAAAACUAGACAUGUUUAUCUAAAUGCUCCACAUUUUGAAAUGUUGGAAAUGGAAAGUAUUAAAUAA